UCUUCUCAGUCCUCGCACCACAGUUCCUCACCCCCCACGCCAGGCUUCCGGACCGUGGGGAUAAAACAGGCCUGGAGGGUGUGCGCACUAUUGGUCUGCAGAGCACCGGCCCUGACUGCCCUGUACUCUCGCACCUUCGAGUCAUGAGCGUAGGAGCGGACUUGCGCGCCUCCAGCCUCCGGCCCAGCCCCGGGCUGCUGCUCCUGGGGCUGCUGCUGCUGCUGCCAGCUGUGGUCGCCCGCGUCAGUGCAGACCCUGAAGAAGGAGAUGCGGAACUGCAGUGCAUGUGUGUGCUGAGCACCUCCCGAGUCCAACCCAAGCACAUUAUGAGCCUGGAGGUGAUCGGGGCCGGACCCCACUGCCCCACCUCCCAACUGAUAGCCACGCUGAAGAAUGGGAGGAAAAUUUGCCUGGAUCCACAAGCCACCAAGUAUAAGAAAAUAAUCAGGAAACUUGUCGAGCGUAAACCACUAGCUACCUAAAUCUGCACAUUUGCUAUAUAAUGUGUUUUGGUUUUGUUUUUUCAUUUUCAAUCUAACUGUGGAAAAAUCUAAUGUUUUUAUUAUCCUUCAAAUUCUAAAUAAAGAAAAUAAAUCAAGUUGUGGUUUAUUAAAAAUAUUUCUUAACAGAGCAAAUAAAUGGUGUUGACACAUCACAGUUUCCUACAAGAAAAAAAUCUCCAGAAUUUUAAGCAAAACUAUAUUUUGAAGAAAGAUUUGGUUUAAUAAAGACUGUUUUUGUUUGGUGUUA